AUGGUCAAGCUCACCGAGGUCGAGGACGAGCAUUUCGCCCAGGAGAAGCCCCAACCCAGCAAGCACAACGUCCUGCUCGCCUCCGACGACGAGGACGACGACUUCACCGAUACCGAGUCCGAGAUCUCCGUCGAAUCCGACUAUGACGUCGAGGGCGAGACGCUGUACGAGCGCCUCUCCGCGCUGAAAGACAUUGUGCCCCCCUCCGCCCGCAAGCAGGCCACCAACACCGUCGACUACGUAACCUCGUUCGCGAAAUCCAGCAUCGCGUUCAGCGGCAAGGCGCUGUGGAUCCUGUCGACCAGUGCUUUCCUGCUUGGUGUGCCUUGGGCUCUGGCCUACGCUGAGGAGGAGCAGUAUAUCCAGAUGGAGCGUGAGCAGGGGAUGAUCAAGGGGGCUAACGAGAUGCUCGCACCUGGCGCUCCUUCCACCGAGGAACAGAAAGCCCAGCCUACCCUCUAA